UCAUGUUCAGCGUGGCCGCUUCACUGUCAGUGCUGGGGCACUUCGGAGUUGCUGUAAUGGGCACUAUCAGAGACUUCUUUGGAUUAUCAUUAAGAUUGCCCACAGUUCUUCGGUUGUGCAGUGCAGUGCUUAAUCAGCUUAUCAAAGAUUCACCAUUAAGCAACAGCCAGUUUGAAGACGUUAAAGAAAUUGGCAAAAAAUUAUUGUUUUUCCCUUGGUUUGGAAGAGUGAAUACUACUUGUGAAAAAAGUGGUCUUGAAUCUGUAUGUAAACAGCAAGAAGAUGGAACUAUUGCACAGCUUAACUCGAGCAAAUUCAAUCAACAACAAAUUAACAGCAAAGGACCUUACAAAUCUUCAAAUACAACUGAAGAUAAUUUGCUACAAAGUACUGAACGGAAUUGCAGCCAGCGUUAUCUGACCAAAUCUAACCAAAAUCAUUUUGAGCGUGAUAAUGAGUGUGUAGCUAUCAAUCACUUAAGCUGUCAUUGCAUGAUUCCAAAACAUUCAGUAUCUCCAUCAGACUGGAACAAGAUGAUGAAUAAUGGAGAAGAUUACAAUUCUAUGGAUAGUGAAGAGUGGGAGGACUCUGAGGAAGAUUCUGAAAUGGUGUGUAGCAGUGAUGAUUCAUUUAGUGAUGAGAGUGAUCAGGAACUGAAUGAUGUGCCCUGGAAAUGUUCUUUUAGUGCAGACACUUCUGAUCCUUUGAACUUCACAGCUUGUCGUACCAGCUCGUCUACAAACAGGAAAGCAAGUGUGGAUUUGAAUACACAAGGUUUGGGAAAAUGUGAGAGUGGAAGAAAAAGCUUAAUCAAAGUAAAAUUGUCAAUUUCACAGAAACCAGUAUUACGACAGAUACGUUUCAGACACUCCUGCAUACCUAACACUGGAGAAGAAGUCAGAUUUUGUACUAAAGAGGUAUCGGCAAAAUCUGUAAAAGCUGAAAGAAAGGACAACAAAGUGGAAAAAACAUCUGUUAAGAAGGUCAGAUUUUCUCCUCUUGUUGAAGUUCACAAAAUGGUAACGUGGUCCUUUGCUUCAAGGGAAGCUCGCAAGGGCCACUGGAUGCAAAUAGCUCUUGACCGGAUCAGAUUCCUGCACCGAAUACAGGCUACAGAAGAUGCUAUUAGUUAUUGCUUACAGCAAAACCAUAGGAACAAAAUAUUGAAAAGAAAUUCAGAAAUUCCAAAAUUGAGGGAUAUGUGUCAUUAUUGAAACUUAGCCCCAUAAGCACUUUUUUGAGUGAAGGUUAAGCGCGUAGUUUGCUGGUGUUCGUUUCUACGUAUGAAUGGCUAGGACCAUUCAAUAGAGUGUGUACUUCGCAGGUGUCUUUAUUUACGGGUGAAACCUGGAUUUUCGUCAUAUUCAUCACACUUUCAUUAACUAUUUAUUCGGGGUCACAAACCUGAGUAUGAACAUAAUUCUCUGGAAUACAUUUAUGGUCCAGGAUACAACACUGAGUUUCUUCAAAUUUGUCGUUUCGGGAGGCCUUUCUUCACCUAGGGGUAUGGGCGCACAGGAAGAGAGUGUGAGAUGCUGUGAGGUGGCAUAUGCUCUAGUUUAAUCACUCCAUUUAAUAUGCUGUAAUGAAGACAAACCACAUAAUCUUGUUGAAUAGUAAGGGGUAGAAAGUAAAUGAUAGUGAAUGUUUGGUUAAAUUGCAUCAGUUACAAGUGUACAAAAGAAGUGGUCAGCUGAGUACCAUGGUGUGGGAAAGAAACACCCCAGUGGCUUCUGACUACUCCUAAUUGGCACAGCUAUAGCAAAAUAUCAUUAGACUGCCAAUGUGAUGUCAUGCCAAUUUAGUAAAAUUUGGAGCAGUUUAUUCAGCAUAAUACCAUUGAGGAUGUAAAGAACUAAAUGUUAGUGAUUUGAGUAGAAAAAUAGCAAAAUCAACCAUCCAGUGGGAACGAAUUGCCUAAGGAAGAGUACGCUUACUAUCUGAAUAUCUUGUCUUGCAGUAGUAGGCCCCUUUCUCCGAUCCAUGCUGCCUGGAUUCAAGUCCCACCUGUUCUAAAGGUGUGUAAUACCAUCUCUGACCAAGUUGAUUUAGAAAACUCCUGCUUACAUGAAAUGCUGCUGCUGCUGCCUCCUAAGACACACAUUGUUUAUUUUCUCCAUAUCUACAGAAUUCAUAGUUUUGUUCCAGAAAUAAUUGAAGCACAGCAGUUGGGAACCUACCUCCUUCUGAGCAGACCAGUUGUCUGAACUGUUAACUAAAGUCACUUAGUACUUUCUGUGCAGAUCACUGUUGUUGAUUUGUACAGAUUGUUCCUAGCCAUUUGAGGAAGUUUCUGCACUUGAGAUGUUCAAGUUUCAGUAGGCACGAGCUUGUAGUUAUGCACUGACAGAAACAGAGUUAAAGCUAGUGCACAAAUGCUCUGGCUGAAAUUGUUUUGACACACGAAUGCAGCAUUGGAAGCUUUUGAUAAAAGUAGC